AUGGUGUCAUUAAUCCUCCUCUGCUUCCAAGCCGCUAUAGCUCUUGCAGCCUCAACCUCCCCAGCCAAUACCUCGACCGCUCUCAACAGCUGUCUCGCUUCCAAGAAAGUUCCCUACAUCCGCCCCAACUCACCCCAAUGGACCCAAGAAGUCAGACCUUACAACCUCCGUCUGGCCUACACUCCUGCUGCAAUUGCCCUCCCUAACACUGUUGAUCAUGUCCAAGAUGCCGUCAAGUGCGGUAAUCAGUGCCAGGUACGAGUCAGCGCCAAGAGUGGCGGCCAUAGCUAUGGCUCUUUCGGCUAUGGAGGCGAGAAUGGUCACCUCGUGGUUGUCUUGGAUUCCAUGGAUCAAGUCACGCUGAACAAAUACAUGAGUUGCAAUAUCCAGGCUGGUGCUCGGCUGGGACAUGUUGCUUCAGAGUUGUAUAAGCUUGGUCAAAGAGCUAUACCCCACGGAAGUUGCCCAGGAAAUAGUGUUGGUAUAGCUGGCCAUGCCCUUCAUGGAGGCUAUGGCUUCGCUUCUCGAACCUACGGUCUCACACUCGACACUUUCAUCGGCGCAACCGUGAUUCUCGCCAACGGUACACGAACAUACGCUGCGGAUGGAGAAGGGGGAGAUAACCAACUAAUGUGGGCUCUUCGCGGUGCGGGAUCUUCCUACGGAAUCGUAGUCGAACUUGACUUCCAAACGAUCAAAGCACCUGAUAUAGUUACGCCGUUUAGUAUUGAGCUUGAAUGGAAUGAGAACCAAGCUGUCGAGGGACUAAUUGCGUUUCAGAAGUUUGCUGCGAACGCGCCGAAGCAGUUGAAUAUGCAGAUCUACAUUGGGCCAUCGGGGCAGACUAUCCGGGGAGUUUACUAUGGAACUAGAGCGGCUUUGAAUACUGCACUUAAGCCUCUUCUUGGGGAUAUAGAUGCACAGAUCUCUGCUUCUACCACUGGCGGUUGGAUCGAGGGAUUGAAGGCCUAUGCUAAUGGCCAGACCCUCGAUCAGAGACGUCCAUACAACCAGCACAGCACAUUCUACAGCACAAGUCUCAUGACCAAAGGCCUCACCCGACCCCAAGUCAAGUCCUUCGUUAGAACGCUCUUCGACAACAUCAAAGACCCCAACGCCCGCCACUCAUGGUACAUCCUAAUCGAUCUCUUCGGCGGUCCCAACUCCGCCAUCACAACCGCCGGCUCCACCAACAGCGCGUUCCCCCAUCGCGACAAACUCCUCCUGUUCCAGUUCUCCGACCAUGGAAACUACGCUACUCAUGCAAACAAUGGGUUCACGCUGCUCAAGAGAUUCAGAGAGAGUGUCACCAAAACUAUGGACGAUUCGGAUUGGGGCAUGUAUGCGAAUUACUUGGAUACGCAGUUGGAGAACCGGGAGGCGGUUGAGCAGUACUAUGAGUUGAACCUGGGGAGGUUGAGAGAGCUUAAGAGGGCGUAUGAUCGGAAUGAUAUGUUCUGGAACCCACAGGCUAGGGCAGUACCGCAUUGGACUCGUGUUAAAUGUGGAUGA